GCAGGAGGGUUGGAAUAGGAGGGUUGGAGUAGGCGGAGGGAUGGAAGAAGAGGAGGAGGAGGAGCAGGAGCAGGAAAAGGAGGAGGGAUGGAGGAUGAGUAAGAGCAGGAAGAGGAGGGCUGGAGGAGGAGGAAGAGGAGGAAGGAUGCGGCUCCACCGCUCACUGUAUCCGGGUCACAGGAGGAGCCUUCACGGGGACCACGGAGCGCCCCGCAGCGCCCCCCGGGAGCAUCCCCCUGCCCCGGGUUCUGCCCCCGCCGCAUCCCGCAGCUGACGGGAUGGCGGAUGGGGAGGAAAGUGGUCUGGAGGAACUAGAAGAAUGUGAGCUGUGUUGGUACCCAUCUGAGGUAGACAUCCUCCAAGAGCCAAACCCAACGGCGCAGCACGAGUGUGAGAGUCAACCGCAACAAGCCUCUGAAGAACCGAGCAAUGACUUCCGUGGACGCCCAUCACCGAGAAGGAGUGGACGGCUGCAAGCCUGCCAUGGGAGCCGUGCAACAAAGAGGACCUACAGCUGCAGCAAGAGUGGGAAGAACAUUGCUGGGAAGGCAGAAGUGGCCAUGCACAAGGCCCUCUACAGCUGUCCCGACUGUGGGAAGAUCUUCAGUCGGAGGUCCUUUCUCAUCCCCCACCAGCGCAUCCACACCGGUGAAAAGCCCUUCACCUGCCACGAGUGCGGGAAGGGUUUCCGAGUUGGGUCAGCUCUCAACAAGCAUCAGCGGAUCCAUACGGGUGAGAAGCCUUACAAGUGCGCAGAAUGCGGGAAGUGUUUCCGUCUCACCUCCACCCUCAGCACCCAUCGGAAGAUCCACACCAGAGAGAAACCCUACGUCUGCCUCGUUUGCGGGAAGACCUUUCGGUUGAGCGCGUAUCUGCUGGCCCACGAAGCCACCCAUAGCGUGGACAAUCCUUUUCGGUGUCUUGCGUGUGGGAAGAACUUCAGCUUGAGACGGUACCUGGCCAUUCAUCAGCGGAUCCAUACGGGAGAGAAGCCGUUCAAGUGCUCGGUGUGCGGGAAGGCCUUCAACCGGAGAUCGACCCUUAUCGUUCACCAGCGGGUCCACACUGGGGAGAAACCCUACAAGUGCCCCGAAUGCGGGAAGAGCUUCAUCAUGAGUUCAGACCUCGUCGCCCAUCGGAGAAUCCACACCGGGGAGAAACCCUACAACUGUCUCAACUGUGAUAAAAGCUUUCGAUUGAGCUCCCACCUUACGAGACACCAGCGAAGCCACACUGGGGAGAGACCGUACAAAUGUACGGAUUGCGGGCAAAGCUACACAGACAGUUCUGGACUCAUCAAACACAAGAAAAUCCACAUGGAAAAGAAGCAGAGGGCAUCUCAGGGAGCCCACUCAGGGGAGGGACGUUAUAAAUGCCCCUACUGUAGUAAGAGCUUCCAUGGAAAGUCAGCUCUGGUCCUUCACCGGUCUACCCAUGUCGGAGAGCGACCCUAUAGAUGUUCCAAGUGCGAGAAGACCUUCAGCCACAGCGCGACUCUACUGAAACACCAACGAAUCCAUACUGGGGAGAGACCCUUCAAGUGUCCCGACUGUGAGAAGUGCUACAACGAUGGCUCGACCCUUCGGAGACACCGGAAGAGCCACACCGAGGAGAAACCCUUUAAGUGUCCCAGUUGUGGGGAAUGUUUUGGUGCCAUCGCAGCUCUCCUGAAGCAUCAGCGGUUCCACACCGAGGGGAGACCUUACAGAUGCUCCGACUGCGGGAAAAAUUUCCACUCUAAUUUUCUCCUUGUCACCCACCAACGAAUCCACACGGGAGAAAAACCCUAUACCUGUCCCAUCUGCAAAAAAACCUUCCGCCAAGCUUCCCACCGUACGAGGCACCAGGAGAUUCACAGGAGGACCAGGGCUGGCAGACCGACCAUCUGCGAGGAAUGUGGCCGGAGCUUCAGCCGGAGCUCCAACCUGGCAGUCCACCAGCGGUUGCACGCCGGUGAGAAGCCCUACAAGUGCUUGGAGUGUGGGAAGAGCUUCAGCCGUAGCUCCCAUCUCAUCACCCAUCAACGUCUGCACACCGGGGAGAAGCCCUACAAGUGUCCCGAUUGUGGGAAGAGCUUCAGCGACAGCUCCACACUCAUCACCCACCAACGCUUGCACACCGGCGAGAAGCCCUACAAAUGCCCCGAUUGUGGGAAGGGCUUCAACCAGAGCUCCAACCUCACGUCCCACCAACGUACCCAUACCGGGGAGAGACCCUACAAGUGCCCCGAGUGCGGGAAGAGCUUCAGCGUCAGCUCCUACCUGAUCCGCCACCAGAAGAUCCACACCGGGGAGAGACCCUAUAAGUGUGAGGAGUGCGAGAAGACGUUCAGCCAGAGCUCCAGCCUCAUCAUCCACCAGCGUGUCCACACCGGGGAGAAGCCCUAUAGAUGCGUUGACUGUGGGAAGUGGUUUAGGAAUAGCUCGGACCUCAUCAGGCAUCAGCGGACACAUACGGGUGAGAGACCCUACCGUUGCCCCGACUGCGGGAAGAGCUUCAACCGCAGCUCCAACCUGAUGACCCACCAACGCAUCCACACCGGGGAGAAGCCCUACGAGUGUCCCGAGUGCGGUAGGAGCUUCACCGUGAGCUCUGCCUUGAUUAAACACCAAAGGACCCACCGGGAAGGAAAGCCCUACGAGUGCCCCGACUGUGGGAAGAGCUUUAUCCGCUGUUCGAACUUCAUUACCCAUCGGAGGACCCAUGUUGGGGAGAGACACUAUGGGUGUCCUGAGUGUGGGAAGACCUUCGGUUGUAGGUCCGUCCUCCUGACCCACCAGAAGAUCCACGCUGGGGACAAGCCCUACACUUGUAUCGACUGUGGGAAGAUCUUCAGCCAGAGCUCAGACCUCACCAAGCAUCGCCGGAUCCACACCAGAGAGAGACCCUACGGUUGUGCUGAGUGCGGGAAGACCUUCAGCCUCCAUUCCCACCUCCUCUCCCAUCAGAGGACCCACAAGGGUGAGAAGCCCUACGCUUGCCCCAAGUGCAGGAAGAGCUUCAACGAUAGCUCCAACCUCAUCACCCACCACACCGGGGAGAAGCCCUGCAGAUGUCCUGAGUGUGGGAAGGGUUUUGGACGCCUCUUGCACCUCCACCGGCACCAGAGGACCCACAUGGGGGAGAAGCCCUUCACCUGCUUGAAGUGCGGCAAGAGUUUUCGCCGUAACAAGGAGCUGGUGACCCACCAACGCUUGCACACCGGUCGCUUGCCCUUCCAGUGCGGUCACUGCGGUAAGAGCUUCAGUUGGAGCUCCCACUUUGACCGGCACCAACGCGUCCACACCGGUGAGAAGCCCUACCAGUGCCCCGAAUGCGGUAAGCGUUUUAGCCGUAGCUCCCACCUCUACCGGCACCAACGCACCCACGCCGGCGGUCGUUCUUACAUCUGCACCUACUGCGGGCGUAGUUUCGGUAGCACCCUCCAUUUUGACCGGCACCAACGCACCCACACCGGCCAACGACCCUACAAGUGCACCCUGUGCCGGAAAAGUUUUGGCGAUGGGCCGGCGUUGGUCAAACACCAACGCCUUCACCUGGGCGAUGGUCCAUUCCGUUGCGAAGAGUGCGGUAAAGCCUUCGGCGCUCGCGCCCAAUAUGCCCGGCAUCGGCGUAGCCUCCACGGCGGCAGCGAGAAACCGUACCGUUGCGGUGAUUGCGGGAAGAGUUUUUCCUGGAGCUCCCAUUGGGAACGACACCAACGUAUCCAUACCGGCGAACGACCCUACCAAUGCGGGGACUGCGGCAAACGUUUCGGCCGGACCUCCCAUCUCUACCGGCAUCAACGUACCCACGCCGGUGGGCAACCCCACGUCUGCGCCGAUUGCGGGAAGAGCUUCAACAGCACCCUGCACUUCCAUAAGCACCAACGGGCUCACGCCGGGCCCCGGCACGCCUGUCCCGACUGCGGCAAGGCGUUUGCCGACGGUUCGGCGUUGGCAAAGCACCGACGGGCGCACGCCGGCGAGAAGCCUUUCCCUUGCCCGCAGUGCGGCCGGCGUUUCGGCGUCAGCUCCCAUCUUCACCGUCAUCUCCGGAGCCACGGUGAGGAGGAGCCGCCGGAGGAGCCGCCGGAUGAGCUCACGCCCCGUUAACCGGGGGGGACGGGGAGAGGCGGGGGGGGACGACAGAUGGUUGACCCCCCCCCCCACCCACCCACCAAGGUGGCUCCCGUCCCCUCCACCGCUGCCGUGGGGUGCCUCGGGUAGCCCCCGUGAGUGAUGGGUGCCACGGGGAUGGGUGCUCCCAAGCCGGUGAUGUUCCCCGGUGGCACCAACCCUGGCCCCGAGGACGUAGUGUUUGUAGGGUAGAGUAGGAAGGUAGGGUAGAUAGGGGAGGAUGGAGAUGGGGCUGGGGGCCGAGUGGGAAUUGGGGGGGGGACACACACACGUCCCCUCCAGAAAAAUCAGACCGAAUCCUGCCAACGGACAUCAGGACAUCCCAACCGUGCUCCUCCACGCGUAGUCCAGGAGAAACCACCUCCGUUGGGUGUUGGGGAGACGGUGCCGAGCAGCUGGGGAGGCGCGGGGCGGGGGGUGGGAGGUGCCGCCGGCCAAACCCGGAGACCCCCCAAAUAUCUGGGGUGGCUUCAUCCCUUCGCCAUCCCACCUUCCCCGUGCUGCCAGCCUUGGCCAACACCGACAGCCUGAGCCCUCCCAGCCGUGCCUGGGGAGCGGCGAUGGCGCCGUCUAACAAACGACACCAUUUGGGGCAAAAUAUCCCGAUUUUGUGGUUUUGUCGUCGAGAAACAAGCCUGGGCGUCCGACCCCGGCGGCUCCCAGCCACGCGCUGCGGUUUGGCCGCUGGCGACGCUUCGUCGCGGACCCGGCGUCGAGUGGUUUAUUUAAUGUAUUUAUUGUAUUUAUUCAGCGGGAGCCCACCUGCGGCUGGAGGAACCCAACGCGUUGGGGUGAGCUGGAGGCUGUUGGGGACAGGAGCUGGGACGAGGGAGGGUUGGUCCCCAACCUGGCAUGGGGGUGCUCAUGGCUCCUCUUGGGUUGCUCGAUCAACCACCGUGCGAAGGGAGCUCGUGGUGGGAACCCAUCCGGUGAUGGGGAGGAGGUGGCACCACCCGUAGCUGGAAAGGAACCCCCAGGAGAUCACGGGGAGCAUCACCUGCAGGUAUUUCCCAGCUGAAAAGAGGUGAACUCUUGGGGGUGAACCUCAGGGGUGGGAGCAGGACACAAAUCCAGGGAUUUCCUGGGGUGGUUUUGGGGUCGCGGCCGUGCCGGCUGCCUGGUCCGUCUCUUCCCAAGAUGAGCAGGAGCUGUGUUUGUAUUGUGAAUAAAAAUAGACUAGUGCAAAA